AUGUGGACUGAUCUCUCUGACCAUAGAAUAAGAAACCAUCAACUAGGGAAUCUUUAUGCUGGAUCUCGUUUUACGGGGUCCCAAAAGUGUGGAGAUAACAAAUAUGAUGUCGUGGUGGAUAUUCAGAACCUCAACUUGGAAGAGAGUACACUGAGUGGUUAUCUCAAUAUAAAAGGUUUAACUCCAGAAUUUCCUGAAUUGACGACUUAUUUUGAAGGUGAAAUUAUCGGUCCUAAAUAUUCAUUCUUGACGCGGAAAUGGCAAGCACAACAUUAUAUUGAUGUUGCUCAUUGGAAACGCUUCCCUUCUUUUCAAAAGUAUGUGUCAGUAUUCAAUCAAGACGGUUUUGUAUAUGAUCCGGAAAAUGAAGAUUUUGUAUAUAUGCGUUGGAAGGAAAAAUUCUUGGUCCCUGAUCACCAUGUUGACAAUAUCGAAGGCGCUAGUUUUGCUGGUUUUUACUAUGUGUGCUUCCAACGUUCAACAAAUACCAUCUCUGGCAUGUAUUUUUAUCGACAUUUUACUCAAUGGUAUCAGGAGCUCUCUUUACGUUACGAACAACAACGAUCGUUUGGCUCUUAUGAAUUCCGUUGA